AUGUUCAGUAAUAUGAUGAAGCAGCAAUGGCAAGCCCAGUUCGUCGCUGCCGCGUAUCAAGCGGCCGAGGAAGAAUGGGAGCGCGCGUCCUCUAUCGGCGGGAUCGCAGGGAGCGAGUCUGGCCAGGCGUCCUCGGGAUACCCUAGCUUCUCUCAGCAAGGCGGAAUGGGGAUGCCUCAGAUGGGCAUGCCGAUGCCGCCCAUGCCAUAUGGAUACGGGUAUGGCAUGCCCCCGUACAUGUCCCCUCAGGGGUACGGUAUGCCGCCAGGGCAGGGGAUGGGGUCGUUCCCCUCGUUCCAGCUCUUCCCGCAGGGUCAACUCGGACAGGGCGGUACCCAAGGUCCGGGACAGGGACAGGGGAUGUACAGCUACGCCCCGGGUGCCCAGUCGGUCUAUGGCGGCAACUUUGGUCCGGCCGUCACUCCCCAGCCGUACCCUUUCCAACAACAGCAACAGCAACAUUCGCAAAUGUACCAGCAGUACGCUCAGCAGUACCAGCCCCACCCCACGCCGAGCUAUACCUCGUCCCCUCUCUCGCAGCCGCUGCAGCAUCCCCAGGUACCCUCUUCCUCCGCCUCCGCGGCCGGACCGAUCAGGCAACGACCUCGCGCGAGCUCGCGCGCUCUGACCUCUCUCGGACAUAUAUCGGAGAGCUCCCCGGUCAAGGACAGAAGCGGGGAGUAUGCACAGGCGCAGGUCCCCAGGGUGAAGGAUAGGGCGUCGAGCUAUAAUAUUGGCGCUGGGGCGGGUGGAGGUGGCGGAAGGGGCAUGUCGAGCUCAGCAUCGGUAUCCGGUCUGAGCUCGGCGGGUGGCAAUGGACCGCCGACGAGUUGGAGGAGAAGUGGGAGUGAGUGGGGCGGGGAGCGCGAGCGCGAGCAGACCGGAGGUGGAGGCGGUGUUGGCGGAGCGCAGAGAGUGCGGAGAAGUAGUAAUGCUGCUGGUGGAGGGGGAUUUGCGUCAUAG